ACCACCUUCCCUCCCCAGCAUUUAGAUCUGCAACACGGCAGUGAUCCUUUGCGUGAGCCUCUUUAGACCGCUACACACGUUAAACCCACAUUUUUAAACAUGUCUGAGACUUCUGCCGCCUGGCCCCUCGCCGAUGAGGCCCUUACCCAGAACCUCCUGGACCUUGUCCAGCAGGCCGGUCACUACCGCCAGCUGAAGAAGGGUGCUAACGAGGCCACCAAGACUCUUAACCGUGGUACCUCCGAGCUCGUUAUCCUCGCUGCCGACACCUCUCCCCUCGCUAUCCUCCUCCACAUCCCCCUCCUUGCUGAGGACAAGAACACCCCUUAUGUCUUCGUGCCCAGCAAGCUUGCUCUCGGCCGUGCUACCGGUGUUUCCCGCCCCGUGAUUGCGGCCAGUAUCACCACCAACGAGGCCAGUGACCUCCAGGGCCAGAUCAAGACCAUCAAGGACAAGGUCGAGAGACUGAUGAUCUAAGCGUUGGUCUUGUUGUGGAAACCCUCCGGAGGAUUAUGCCUCCGCGGGUUGCUAAGAGGAAUCUAUUGUGACUUCGGGAGUUGGCCGGCCAUGACAGACGAGGUUUUCGCCCCACAGUGCGAAAACAAGUGUCGAUGAAUGGUUUGGAUCGCUACCGGAUGCUCAAUUGGAUGCUGUGGGCGUUGUGCGCCUGGAAUUAGUGCAGAUAAAAGUCAAUGACAAAAAAAAUGUGCCAAAAUUUGUGUAGUAUAUUUUGGUUGCUCUAAUGCCGAGUAGUUGAAGGCGCGAUUCCGGAAUACUAGUAAUCAUUCUACAACAAAAAAUAAUACAUAAAAAUUAUAGUCAG